AUGUUUGAGGGAUCGCUCGGUGCUGCGAGGCAGGGAGUGUAUAACCUUGAUAUAAAGCUUUCUAAUAUGAUGGGAAAGCAGGCGGCUAAUCCGGGCGUUGCGGUGGACUGGAAGAUGGUCGAUUGGGAUAUAACGAUUAUCGGUGUUGGCCAAGAACCACGCGGGGGCUAUAAGGGGACUCUGGCAUGUAUGCCUCCUGAGAUGGUCAACCAACGAGACAAUCCCCAAAGCGAUGAGUAUUGGACAGCUGAGAAAGCGGUGGUCUGGAACAUUGGGAUGGCCUUCCUUUUCCUUGAGGGUCGUGAUUCAUAUCAUGGAACCGUGACCGAGGAGAUGCGGGGUUUUGUAGACGAAGUUUAUUGA